AUGAAUACUGGUUGGGAAGAUGUAAUUCAUCGAUUAGUUUCUUUCAAAUGUCCCAUCGAUGCAAAGUAUACAAAGUAUAAAAGCAAUACUGCCAUUCAUUAUGCCUUUUACAACAAGCUUUCCAAUAGUACAAUUGAUCUGCUGCUAUGGUUUUAUAUUAAUAAUAAUGAUCCCAUCGAGAAUGUCACUAACGACGAUGGAUUGAGUUUCUUGCACAUCGCUUGCUCGAGAGAGAAUCUCACUGUCAUUGAAAAACUUAUUAACGCUAAUCCAGCUGCUGUCAAUGUUUCGGAAAAGCAAUCAUUUUCAACUCCGUUGCAUUUUGCGGUGCAGUACCAUAGGCACGAAGUAGCCAUGUGUCUUCUGCAAAAUAAAGCUGACAUUUAUAAACAAAAUCACGAUAAAUCGACACCCCUGCAUUUAGCACUCAAACUUAACGAUGUUGCUGCAUCAACUGGACAUACACCUUAUACCCUUGCACAGAAAAAGGGACAUCAUUCGAUUUACUAUAUUUUAAAGGAGUAUUGCAGAGUAUCGAAAGACUGCUGUAAAACGACUUCUGUUGUUUUUAAUGCUGCACAAUUUAUUUUGUUGCCUCAUAAAAAUACGAAUGUAGCACCGGUAGAACCACCAACGCCAAAAGUGAAGCGACCUCGGAUGCUGCAUAGAACUCUCUCCGACUUGCCGUGUCCUCAAGAAGGAUCCCAACAAUUGCCAUCAAUUACUAUACCUAUUAAUGCUAUUAACAGACCAUUGGAAAAUAAUGCGGCUACAUCACAGAACACAAUAUCUAACAAGCCAGAGCUUGAAACUUCAGUUAAAGAACAAUUAACAAAGGCAUUGUUCCAAAAUAACGUCGAAAAAUUUCUAUCAAUUCUAAAAGAAAAAGGUUGCUCAUUAGAGGAUUUCAAACGAACCCUCUUAAAAGAGUCGAUCAUUCUCGAACAUAAACCUAUAGUUUUAACUCUACUCAACAAAAAUUACUACGUGCACAAAUAUUGGAAUGCGAAUGCUUGCGAUCAAACGCCAUUACACAUGGUUGCAACGAAAGUCGGAUGGACCGAUGUAGUCAAAAGUUUAUUAAAUCAAGGAUUUCGUGCUGAUGAUAAAAAUAACUAUUCUAAACACAAUGCUACACCUUUACACUUUGCGGUAACGUUCAGGAGACAAGAGAUAGCAGAGUAUCUCAUUAAACAUGGUGCUGACAUUUACGCACAAUGUAACGAUGGAUCGACCGCGUUACAUUUGGCACUUACAUUUAUCGACGCCCGCAUGAUUGAUCUCUUACUAGCUCAUGAUAAAAUUCAUAUGGACAUCGAGAAUAAGUAA